AUGGCAAUGCGAAUCUACCACCGCCGACCCCGCCGGUACCACUGGCCCGAACUCCAACUCAACAUCUGGAUCAUCGUGGUCCUCUCCUCAUCCGCAAUCUGUCUGGGUAUAUUCGCCUGGUUCAUGACAGUUCAAAAUGACCUGGGUUUGGAAGUUCCUUGGCUCUUCCCCUACAUGAUAACAACCGGCGCGCUCGGCAUCUUCUUCGUAAUCUUCAUCCUAAUCCUAGCCGCACAACGCUUCCUCCUGCCCGGGAUAAUCAUCAUAGGGGGGUUCAUUCUCUUCGUGCUGUGGUUAACGGGACUAGUGGAGACAUCGCUCCAGCUGUAUGGGGUCGUCGCGAACGUUAAUGAUAAUUGUCGCAAUUAUAUUGAUAAUGUUAAGCCUGUCGGGGAUGGGUGGAAGACGUUGGCGUGGAUUGAGGAGGAGACUAUUUGCAAUUGUUGGAGAACGGCGUUUGCGUUUGAAUUGGUGAAUACUAUCUUUUAUGUUUGGAUGAUUGUUAUGUCGUGGCAGGUUAAUCGGGAUCUUUAUCGUUGA